AUGUACGGGUGCGAAAGCAUGGGGCUGCAUGGAGGGCAAGGUGCGAUCACACUGUCCGAGACGCGCAAAAACCACGUGAGAGAGAAAGAGAGCGAGAGAAAAGACAGCCAGGCUCCUCCUGAGCCGGCAACCCGUCAUCUUCUACCAAGGGCCCCAGGCGGAACAGCGCCCUCGGUGCACGCAGAAGUGGUCGGAGAAGAGGAGGAGGGGGACGGCGUGCAUGGCGCGGAGCAUAUGGAUUUCCUGCAACAACAGGGUGCUCAAGCACGGGAUGCCGCUUAUCCCGCUGUGCCGGGAACACGGUCAACCGAUACGGGGGACACGGGCCGUUGGAGCAACCGGAAGCAAUACACAUUAGCGCGGCAUGCGGACGCGGGACUGUUGGGCAGCGUGGCUACGAUUUGGGCUGGGCCAGACGCAGGCUGUGUCAAAGGUGUCAUAGCGCCACGCAACCUCCAGAAGUGCAGUAAGCAGCGCGCGCUGACCGAAAUGGCCCGCUGGCGCGUGCUCCUGCGAUGCGCCAGCGAGUUGGCGCGAAGCAUGCUGACCGGGCGGUACAGACGUUAUCUGCACCAGGGAUCCGCGCGCACAUGGAGGCUGGUGGCAGGACGGCGGUGCGCGAGCGAUGGGCGGGGCGACAUAGACGGUACCGGAUGA